AGUCAAAUACUAAAUGAGUGUCAGUUAGAGCACUUAUAUAAGACAGGGGAUUUGGCUCUAGAGUUUUCAUUCCUGACAAGAUUUCACUUUAUUUUGUAUUUUUAAAAAACGGGUUGCGGUUCUUUGGUUUAAACGUUUUCUAGGUACUAAGUUAGUUCUUGAACAUCUUCCUUGUAAAAUAAAUAUACACUGCUGGGCUGGACCUCAUAGUUUCGUUUAAUAUAUGUGUUGUCCUAGCACUGAUCACGUUAGAAGUCAUUUCUGUUGAGCCAUUAUCUCUUUCGUGUCGAUGCUUAUUAUUGUGUAUUUUUUGGCUCCGUACCGUAACCAGAGUGCUCAUCACUAAAGGAGAUAUUCUGUUUGCUGCAUCAAAAGUAGCCGUCACUUGACUCGGUCUUGCAGCGCAUGUAUUUUGUUUGCUGAGAUGAAAAAACGUACCAACUGUUAACCCUUAUAUGUCGACGUAUUAUAUAUUUUCUACUGCAGAUCUGUAAAGAUGAAGACUGUGUUUCUCUGCGUGGCUGUGAUAUUUCUUGGCGCGGUAACUGCCCAGACGGCACCCUCAGCAUGUACGUAACAAUAAGAAAAUUGUGUUGAGAUGGCUAAAAUGAAGUUAAUAUUUUUUUACGGCGACCAUCCUUCCAACUCAAAUAUCAAACAGGAAAUAAGAGAGCAGCACACGAGAUUCGUAUUUCUGUAAAGACGUCUCCUUAUAAUACGUGUAUUAGUUAUUUAUUGUUAUAAUAAAGUUAACGAUUAGACAAAGAAAACAACGAGCUUGUCUUUCAUCACUAAUGAAAUAAACUCUCUGCUCUUCACCAGCAAAACGAUUCCGCUGAUUCUCAUUCUCGGCGUAACCCUAACCGGUUCCAAUCACGUUAGUUGUUAAAGCACCAAGUGUCAUGAAUCAAUAAUCGCGUCAUCUUUCCACUUGCCUUACAGGGCCUGACAUUCUGGCGGCCCUAAAAGCUGACGGCCGUUUCACCGUGUUCGCUGACCUCCUGGAGGACUCCGACACCUUAGAUCGAAUCAACACAUGUAAGCAAGUCAAGAAUGUAAUGAUAAUUAUUUUAAAGUUAAUAUUUUUUAAGUUCCCACUUUUUCGACUUCAAUACGAUAACAACUUCAUACUUAUUUUUCUUCAUACGGCUGCACUGUUCUUAAACUGUCAGAACGAAACUGGCGUCAAUUUAUUUUCAUUGCUGACUCCAAAUAUUACUACAAAAUAUCCAUCUUUGUUAAUAGUUCCAACCCCGUCUAUCGCACAUAUAAAAUAAAAGCAGUAGAAAAAUAUAUUUUUUCCGAUAACAAUAUGAUGUACACACGUUCACUAAUAUUUGUAGUAUUAAAUAAAGUUAAUAUUUGAACAGCAAAUAUUUGUGCAAAUAUUUGGACAGCAAAUAUUUGGACAGCAAAUAUUUGGACAGCAAGAAGCCACAAGAUUAUAGUGAUCCACCAAAAACAUUAGCCACAAAAAAAACUUGCCACAAAAAUGUAGCCACAGAAAUGUAGCUACCUAAAAAUUAUCCAAAAAAUGUAGCCAAAGAAAUUAGCCACAAAAAAUUUAGUCACAAAAAUGGAGUCACAAAAAAUGUAGCCACGAAGAAUGUAGCCACAAAAAAUGUAGCCACAAAAAAUGUAGCCACAAAAAAUGUAGCCACAAAAAAUGUAGCCACAAAGAGAGUCAAGGUUCCUCUUAAUCAAAGAUUUCAUUAACGUUAUGAAAGACAGGCUGAAACGUCCUAUGCACUCAGCCACCAAAUAUAAGUUAAACUAAAAGCAAAGCUAAUGAACCCUAGCUCUAACUUUAACCCACACAGAUCACACUGUACCGCCGAUGUGUUGUAACAUCUUUCCAGAUGUUUUUGUAACAAUUCUUUCAUCUUCUCGCAGCCAGCCACUUCACCGUGUUCGCCCCCACCGACGCAGCAUUCGCCAAGUUGCCGGCCGGACAACUGGACGCCCUCAAGGCCGACCCGGACAAGCUGGAGGAAGUAUUGGGCCACCACGUCGUGUUGAAAUCAGCGAUCAACGUCAACACACAGCAAGACAAGAACUUCAAGGCAGCGAACAACCAGACUGUCAGAAUCAACUCCUACCCCAUCGUCCAUGUAAGUUUAAAUUAUUGUGAGUUGUGUGCGAGUGGUGUGUGCGAGUGGUGUGUGCGAGUGGUGUGUGCGAGUGGUGUGUACGACUGGUGUUUGCGACUGGUGUGUGCGAGUGGUGUGUGCGAGUGGUGUGUGCGAGUGGUGUGUGCGAGUGGUGUGUGCAAGUGGUGUGUGCGAGUUGUGUUUUGUGAGUUGUGUGCGAGUGGUGUGUGCGAGUGGUGUGUGCGAGUGGUGUGUGCGAGUGGUGUGUACGACUGGUGUGUGCGACUGGUGUGUGCGAGUGGUGUGUGCGAGUGGUGUGUGCGAGUGGUGUGUGCGAGUGGUGUGUGCAAGUGGUGUGUGCGAGUUGUGUGCGAGUGGUGUGUGCGAGUGGUGUGUGCGAGUUGUUAGCGAGGUGUGUACGUCUCUCUAUCUCGUUGCUUAUCUUUAUAUCUUUUUAAAUGUAUCUAUCCGUCUCGAUCUCUCUCUCUCUCUCUCUCUCUCUCUCUCUCUCUCUAUUUCUCUUUUUCUCUCUUUGCGAAUACCUUCCCCCUGUAACGCUUUCAGUGUCAAAUAUUUUAUUUCCCUCCAGCCUUCCCAGUCUACGUCGACAACUAGUCUAUUUCUAUGUCUUCAUCUGUAAAUUUUUUGCCCAACUGUUCUGUCGAUACAUAAUUACAAGUAAAAAGUUCUUAACUAAAUGGUCUUCUUAUAAUUAUUAUGCCACAACAGCCGUAACAAAAAUCCAGACCCGUAUCCCCAUUGAGGCAGUUGUUUUAUAAAGUAAUCGACUAUUCUGUUUUCUUCACUGUAUUAUACGUCCCGACCAGACAACUCCCUGGGCGGUGGAGGGAGAGGGGGGACAACGCAACACUUUUUCCAAGGAGAGGAAGCAAAGCCGUUCAGACCCAAGGAGAGUGGACCGCGAACGCUUUAAACGCAGCGUUUUCAGUCGACCGGACGUCCCCCAGGCCAGUGGGAGGGGAGGUCUCCGGCGUGCUUCCACACGGUCUGGCGGCGGGGAAACGCGGCGUCGGGCUGUGUGGGCGUGUGCUGGGAGGGGGUAUUAAGAGCUCACAUUCGACGACCCACCGACGCCAUCUCCAAUGAGACGUUAUAAGUAUUCGUCACGCUUCACUUUAAGCGCUAUAUCCAUCUUUGGAUAUCUUUCAGCUUACGUUCUCGGUGUGCGCCAUAAAGUUAGCUGUCAAAAUCACGUUAUUGGUAUCAUAAAAUGCGAUCCGAAUAAAUUUAUUUCUUAUCACAAAGUAGCUUUAGUUUUCUUGCUCGGCGUGACGUCUUUCUUCCCCUUCAGGCCAUCACCGUAGAUGGGGUCAACAUCACCAUCAGAAACAUUCAUGUCGACAGCGGAUACAUCCAAGGUAUCGAUACCGUCCUACGACCACCGGUCGGAAACAUUGCCGACAUUGCAAGCAGCAGACCCGAGCUUUCAACCUUCGGGAGUCUUCUGGCCCAGGCAAACCUGACCAACUUUUUCACAUGUAAGACAUUACCUGAAGUAGUCUGGCCCAGGCAAACCUGACCAACUUUUUUCCCAUGUAAGACAUUACCUGAAGUAGUCUGGCCCAGGCAAACCUGACCAACUUUUUUCCCAUGUAAGACAUUACCCGAAGUAGUCUGGCCCAGGCAAACCUGACCAACUUUUUUCACAUGUAAGACAUGACCUGAAGUAGUCUGGCCCAGGCAAACCUGACCAACUUUUUCACAUGUAAGACAUUACCCGAAGUAGUCUGGCCCAUGCAAACCUGACCAACUUUUUUCACAUGUAAGACAUGACCUGAAGUAGUCUGGCCCUGGCAAACCUGACAAACUUUUUCACAUGUAAUACAUUCCUUAUCCUGCCCCCCCCCUCUCUCCCCAAACCCGGCCCCGACAUUGAUUUACUGUUGUUUGUUUUAGAAAACUUAAACUUAUAAUAUUGUAACGAGCUCUCGUUUGCAUAAGCAGGUCAGAAGCUUCGUUUCGUCUACGGGGUAGUAAGGAUCAACGCCAAACCACCGAGAUCAAUUUUUGAUAUCGUUCUCUUUUCAACAAUCAACUCUUUGAGCGUGGCCUUCUUCCUUCCACCAUGUCCCCGCAACGCAUUACCAACCACAACCACAACAACGGACAACGUCAUCUCUCCUAACCGAAAAAACAACAACAACGUCACCAAUCCAUAACCACAUAGCGACAGCUACACAAUUAAUCUCAAAACCAAAUACGCUGAAUGACAAAUCAAGUGGUAUACAACACAAACCAAAGCACACAAUCAUGGAACACAUUAUUCACAAAUUUGAUACUGAAUAUUUCGUCAAAUUAUAAAUCAGCCUAUAAAAAAUAAUCCCAUCAACAUAAAUGUACGUUGUUCUCAUUAGUUGCUUUUUUAAAAAUCUUGAAUACUUGCUCCUAUUUUCAGCGGAUCACUCCACCACCAUUUUUGCACCCAACGACGACGCAUUUAAGAAGCUAUCGCAGGAAACACUCGAUUAUUUGAACACCCACCCGUCUGACCUUGCAGGUGAGACUAACGGCAAUAAUCAAACAUUUUUAAAAAAAAACAUAAUUGUGGUGGAUACAAUAAGAAUUGGCUGUGACGUUAUUUCAGCCAAUCAAAAUGUCUGACGGCACAUCGCCUCUUUCCUUUUUAAUCGAAAACUGUUGACACAAGUUUCUUGUUCACAUAAAUUCUAAUAUUCCCUUUUUAGAUUAUAUAAUAAAUAUAUCUGAUCUAGAUUGAGAACCUCGAUAUAACAAAUAAAAAAGGGCCAGGUUUUGUGGCAGUGAGAUUACGACAUUUAUUUAAAAUUAAAAAAUCAAGCGAUAUAACAAUAAUCAUUCCCCCCACCCCCACCCUUUUUUUUUCCUCCACACUACAGAAGUGCUCAAGUACCACCUGUUCAAACACUAUGCCGUCUACUCCUCUGGGAUGAAGCACACAUUGACACUGGACACAGCUGACCAGCACAAGGAUAAUCUCAUGAUACUGGAGGACGGCAGUGAGUGCUUGCAAAAACGAUGCGUUUGAACUGAGAUGAUGGCACUGCUGGCAAUGCGCUCUGUUCAGGGUGGAUGGUCAGAUGGUCGCAUAGGUUGGAGAACGAUGGAAGUGGAUGGGUGGGUGAAUGGAUGGGUGGGUGGGUGGGUGGAUAGAUAGAUUUAUAGAUGGUUGGAUGGAUGGGUGAAUUUGUGGAUGUAAAGAUGUGUGGAUAGAUUGAUGUAUAGAGGGAUGGGUGGAUGGGUCCACUGAGGAAUCUUUUGAAGAGUGGAUGGUUUCAAGGGUGAAUAUGACUGGAAAGUAGAGUUCUUGGCGGGUUAAUUCAUAAGUAAUAAAUCAGGAUAAAUCAAUAUUCUGUUGACAGUUGAACAAGAGAUCAUAGGAGAAUCUGGCGUGAAGACAUUAGAAUUUAAUAAUGAAAGAAUUUCUUCCACGAAGGGAGAUUGAAUUACAGGGGGUAAGGAUUACAUUGGGUAUGGAUGACAUGAGGUAUGGAUGACAUGAGGUAUGGAUGACAUAAGGUAUGGAUGGCAUGAGGUAUGGAUGACAUGAUCAAUGAAGAAAAUACUGGGAAAGUGGAGUUAAAAUUUACUGAUGGAACCGGGUUGAAAGAAUGGCUUACCUGAAGUGUGGAUAGAAUAACAGAUGUUUCGAGGGUCAGUCAGUCCAACAAGAAUAGUUUUUGUUGUUGUUUUUUUUGUGUGGUUUUUUUCGUAUUUUUGUUUUCAAUAGCAAGUUGUAUUGGGUAGAGAGUAUGUUAACUGUCCAAGAGUGACCUGACCUGACUGCUGAUUAAAUUGUCCCACCAGGUGGCGGCCUCAACGUCAACAACGCCAAGAUCGUCGAGCGUGACAUCCCAUCUGUCAACGGAGUUGUCCACGUCAUUGACAGCGUGCUCAUCCCCAUCCGUGUUCAGGUGGCCAUCGCCGACAGCGGCAUCGUUGUCGGUUAAGUUGUUGAGCCUGUGGGUCUCAUUGUAUAUUUCAUAAUCCUUUGUCCUUCAUCUUCAAUCACUGGGGCCCACAGCUCUGGGUUUGACUGCACUGGGAACAAGAAAGCAAUGUCAUUUAUGGAAAUGCCACUUUGUGGAGCUGUCAUUUAGGGAGAAUGUCACCCUUGAAAUAAUCGUCACGUUAAAAAAAUGGGUUUGAAAAUAGUUCUUUGCAACUUGACUGUGUGUAAAACAAAAUGAUAUGUGUGUGCUUUUUACAAAUAGUUUUAUUUCCCAUAUAGUAUGUUUCUUAAACCUAAUGUAUGCUUACUGGUGUACGAUAUCCCUAUGACCCAAGUCUAUGCCCACAGUCUAUGCCCACAGUCUAUGCCCACUGUCUAUGCCCACAGUCUAUGCCCACAGUCUAUGCCCACAGUCUAUGCCCACAGUCUAUGCCCACAGUCUAUGCCCACAGUCUAUGCCCACACAUAGUGUUACUCUGAUCCACGAUAUCUCUAUGCCCACACAUUGUGCUACUCUACUGUAUAAAUGAGAUGAAAAGUUUGAUCACGUCCUUAUACAUGUAUUUUACUUUAAACAAUAUGUAUUUCAUAUCUGGAAAUAAAAUUCACGUCAACAAUUCAAAUUCGUUUGAUUUACUUUUUUUGUUUCUUUUGCGUAACAAGUUUCAGAUGAGUCCUUUGCUAACUUCAAACUAGUUUCAGAUGAGUCCUUUGCUAACUGUAAACAAGUUUCAGAUUGAGUCCUUUGCUAACUUCAAACUAGUUUCAGAUGAGUCCUUUGCUAACUUCAAGCUAGUUUCAGAUGAGUCCUUUGCUAACUUUAAACAAGUUUCAGAUUGAGUCCUUUGCUAACUUUAAACAAGUUUCAGAUUGAGUCCUUUGCUAACUUCAAACUAGUUUCAGAUGAGUCCUUUGCUAACUUUAAACAAGUUUCAGAAAAAUCCUUUGCUAACUUCAAACUCACAUUUUUUUUACCAGAUAAGGUUUGCGCUCCACACUUGAUUUCUCCCGAAUGUUUUCAUGCGCCAGCACGUGUCAUCUUUACAUCCUUUAUAUUUAACUUCGCUCUUGCUCGCGGCUGGCUGGCGGGCAAAAAUCUUCGGACGGCUAACCGACCACUUCCCCGUCAACCUAUCGAGCUAAAACCGGACACAUAGAUUCGUUGCAGAUGAAAAGUUAUUCAUUCAAAUUUUCAGCCCCCACUUCUCAAACCCUACCCCAAAAAUAAGAUGUUCCUUUUUUUUUGUUCAGGGAAAAGUAAAAUAGAAUUUCCCGAUAACUGCGCUCAAUGAGAUUCUCUCUCUUUUUUUUUUAAUAGCACAAAAGCGUUUGGUGUGUGGUAUUUUCUUUUGUUUUUUCUAAAAUUGUUGGAGAAAUAAAUCUGUGGUGUAAAUACGUGUGUUUACGAGUCUUGAGGGGUGUGGGGGGGGUGGGAGCACUAAUUGGUAUUCUUAUAAAGUGCGUCACGUGUUAUGCAUGUUUUUUAUGAAAAUUUCAGAAGCAAACCCACUGAUUGAUAAUAAAUUUUAUAAAGGAUUUAUAUGAAAAAAAAUUUGUUUUAAGGGUUUGUUAGAUUUUUAAAAAAAAUAUUUUUGAAAACCGUUUUGAUAAAAUUGUUCAGAAAAUACAAACAUAAACCUUUGAUACAAUAGAUUUGAUUUUAACAAAUCAAUAAGUUAUAUUAUUAAUCGUCUUAAUAUUGUGUUCUGCUUCCCUAUGCCUACGAUAUUCUUCAUUAGCUAUCUUUUGAGAUUUAAAAAAAAAAUACUUUAAAAAACAAAUUUUGAAUAAAGUUGAUGCCUGCUGCCAAUAUCUGACUUGGAAACUAGUGUAAAACGUAUAAAAAUAAGUGUUUACCUCAGAGUAACAACAGGUGUAUGUCAAAAUAGCGAGACAAAAAGGGACGGAACUGAUAACUAUGGACUUCAAAGUUUCGUACUUUCAUAAUUUCAACACAUCACUAUGAUUAUUUUUUUUAAUUCAUAACUAUUAUCUUAUAGUAUCUUAAAUUUUUUUAUCGAACGAAAAAUUGUUGGUCCCUUUUCGGUUUUCACAAUUCUUAAUUCUCGUGCUUUUACAGUGCUGUCUCUUUUUUCCCCACGUCAUAUCACAUUUUUGAGGAUACUGGCAUUGCCAAUUAUACUUGAAAUUGUUCCAAUGUUUAUUAACAUAAUGCAGCUUUCGUAACAAAAUGAUUCAGUUUGUUUUUUUUUUUUUUUUUUGUUGUUUUUUUUUUGACUUGGUCACAUGCUUAGCAGUGGAAAUUAGAGUUUACAAGAUAGUUUGUCUUCUUUUGGGACCCUUCAAAAUAAAGCCCCACUCUGUCAAUGUGGUUAAAUUUGCUUUGAACAUAUCUCAGUCAAAAAAAAGGGUGAGCCAUCACCCCAGACUGAACAAUGCAAACACUUGCGGCAAAAUUCUGGCCGAGCAAAAUGGUGCCAACUUUUUUUCUUUGGAAUAACAACCAAAGUUUCCAUUCGCCCUUUAUUGCGUGGUCAGGUAUCAAAUCAAACAUUCAAAUGCUCGGAGUGGAUUACUAACUGGAGUAAAGAAUCUUUGCCAGUGGCAUAGCUAGGGUAAGUGCCCCCUGGGGUGGGGGGGGCAAGAUAUAUGCCGCCCCACAUCCACGAAACAAAAUCUGCAGUUUUCUGAAAAUGCAGCCCCUUUACAUAACAAAAAAUAUACCGCCUGGGGCGGAAAACGUUCUCCGCCCCCCACUCCUACGCCACUGAUCUAAACUAAAAGUUCGUUAAAAAGAAAAAAAAACCAAUGUGUAACAAUAAAGAGGGGGGGGGGGGGCUACAGCCGAUGUCAAGAACUGACAAUUGGAAUCAUCAAACUGUCUCGAAAACAAAAUUAUGCAUCACGUAAUUUUGAGCUCUGCAGUUUGUCAGGUAAACACACCAAGAGAGGCUCCAGGAUUUCAAUUGGGACAAGAUUGGUGACGUAGUUAGUUUUUAAUGUCUAAUUUUAUUUUAUUUAUUAUUAUUAUAAUUAUUUAUUAAUUUUUUAAUUAAUUUUUUUGUUUUGUUCUUGCGAGGGAAUAUAUUCUAAUCUUGGACAAAAUUAUUAACUAAAUUGAUUUGGCUUAGAAUUAACCAUGGGGGGGGGGGUCUAGAGUCAUAUCGGCCUGAGUUCGUAUUCACAAACACAAAGCAAUCGAACGCCAUGUGAGAGUCACGUGGAUCAAGGGGAUUUUUGUAUCCAUUCUUAAGUUACCACUAUGGAUGGUGGAUUUAAGAUUGGUUUGCUGAAAUAAUGUGGUUCCCAAAUUUGAUAUUGUCCUUUUGCGAAUCAUACUGUGUCCCCCAGAUCUACGAUGUUGGCAUGGGGCGGGGAAUAACUCUGUCUUGAUUUGAAGGCGUAGUAACACGAUGUUGCGUUUGAGAGUAGCUAAACCAGGGGCGUCUACGCAGAGGGGGGAAGGGGGGGGGUGUGGAAUUGAGACACCCCUGAGUUAAACCUUUUAUUAUUAUUUUAGGGUUCAGAUUACGUGCAGGAGGGAUUUAUGCGGGCACACUCCUCCUUCAGCUAAACCUUUUCCAAAACUGAAUGUCUGAGGAGUAAAUCUGUUCGAAGAAAGUCUGCGGCUGGCAAAAGAUAUGAUUUUAGGCAAACUCAUAAUCACGAUACGGUAAUAAUUUUAAAAUGUUCUUGCAUGACGUGCACAGCUCCAGGUCUUAGAAUCUCCGAUGUUGUUCCUUUCAUGUGUGUAGUUGUCAGGGCUAAAAAGUAGGUCUUACCGUUAUCUCUACCCAACUCAAGGUCCACAUCUCAGAAUUGAUUCAUUUUUUUUUUAAAUCCUCAAUACUAAGAUCAUACAUUCAAACAAACCCGAUCCAGAGUUCAUAAAUUCAAAUGAGUAAUGAUGUCACUAGAAGUCAACAUUGAGUAAUGAUGCUACUAGAAGUCAACAUUGAGUAAUGAUGUCACUAGAAGUCAACAUUGAGUAAUGAUGCUACUAGAAGUCAACAUUGAGUAAUGAUGUCACUAGAAGUCAACAUUGAGUAAUGAUGCUACUAGAAGUCAACAUUGAGUAAUGAUGCUACUAGAAGUCAACAUUGAAAACAUUUCGUCAAAUAUUGGAAUGAAUUACUGAAACAUUAUUUUGAAACCUCUACACGAUAACAAAAUACCUGGACUACGUCAUUGAGGAAUUCAACCGAAUAGCUGUCAAAUAUCUUGAAUGAGUUAGUUAACUACUUACUUAUGUAUGCCUUCUACCCGGGGGGAGGGGGGGGGGCGUUGGGACGUCUAGAAGAAUGUUCCACUCAUCUCGGUCCAGUUGCUUCAAGGUAUAUCUCAUACUUUGCGUGACUGCCUCUAUCUCACGUCUCAUGUACCCCAUACUUUGUGUGUCUGCCUCAAUCUCACAUCUCAAUGCAUCCCACCCUUUGUAUGCCCCCCGCCCCUAGUUCGCGUCUCCAUGUAUGCCAGACUUUGUGUGUGAUGUCUUCGUGUAUUCUUUGGCCUUCCUCUCUUCCUUUUCGCCUUGGGAUUCCUUGUUAAGGAUAGUUGAGUUGGGUUAUCCCGGACGUUUACGAAGAGUGUGCCCUAUCCCAUUCCAUUUAUCCUUAUGACGCCUUCAGCAAUAGGCUUUUGGUAUUUAUUUAUUUUUUCAGUUAGGCAUUUUUGGGGAGGAUGUUCGGCCGGUCAUGGCGGGGCCGAGAUAGUUAACAGUAAACGGAAUUGAAACGGUUUUUGUUUUGUUUAACAACGCUGAUUAAAACCAUAUACGUUCCAUUAUUUGACAUGACGCGUUCUGCCUUCAUGAACCCGCGUUGAAGACUUACCUUCGGCUCAAAGAUAUCUCUAUAAAAGCUGGGAACAGUGUCAGAAAAUCUGUCCAAACGUUAUCUGCACUUUUAGGAUUUUCAGUCAUUUUAGUUUUUGGAUAGUAUCCGUUUGCUCUCUUAGGGGUAAAGAUUCGUCUUUGAUUCCAUAAAGGUGCGUCUUGAUUCCGUAAAGAUUCGUCUUUGAUUCCGUGCUUUUAAAAUGCUUUAAAGCAAUUUUUACUUGUUGAAAAGUAGUUUAAUUGUAUUCAAAGUACUAUUAAAUAUGCCUCGGUUCAAAUAAAAUGUAUUUAAAGAAAGGUUUUUUAAAAAAACAUUUCAUUUCUAUGACGGGAGUGAGCGAAACAAACCAAGGGAAAACCUGACAAAAGAAGGCAACAAAACAACGAACGUGUCGCCAAGAAGCCCUCCUCGGCGAACCAACAACAUUUCUAUGACAAACUCAGCUGAUUUUUUUUUUUUUGUUUGUUUGUUACAAUCUCUGUGGUUUGUCAGGGGUGCCUCUUUAUACACAAAGUGUACGGAUCAAGGUUUCAGGAGACAUUCAUUAAUAUUAGACUUUGGACUUUGUGUAUUGAACGAAUUGAAAUAUUUUGUAGUUAAAAAAUUAUGUUUUGUAACUAUGGCAAGUCAGCAGUUCUGCUGUUUUAAGUUGCUUGUUUCCAAUGACCUGUACCGCACAGUGUGAGACUGAGAAACUGCCUCUGGUCUUUCCAGUUCUUUUUUUUUCUAUAAAUAAAUGAGUUAAGAAAUUCCGUUAGGAUCAUGUUAUAUUGCCUGAACACCGAUGACGCCCACACAUAGAAAGAUUUCUUAAACCAGUAUCAAUUAAAGUUGACGAGGUUAUGUUACUAUUACAUUCUUCACAUAGCUAUUGAUUUUUUUUUUUUUUGGACAUGUGUCUCGUGUCUACAGAUGAACAUGCUGAGAUUGUGUGUCUGCGUCGCUCUGGUGCUUGUUGGUGCAGUCGGUGCUCAGACAGACUCCACUGACAGUAAGUUAAACUACAUCGUUUAAACUAAUGUUUAACACAUCAUUUUCUCUGAAAUAAAUCGUACCCUCUGUACAGUGAUUACGGCAAUUUUUAAUUGAUUUUUUAAAAAUGUAUUUAUUUUUAUUUAUGUAUAUUUGUUGGGGGGGGGGUAUCUUUUUAGUGGAAAAUAUAAUUUAUUGUUUCUAAAACUUGUGGUCCCAGUCAUGGUCCUUUUCGAGGUUGUGCCUUCAAAAGAUAUGAAUGGGCAGUUUGUGUGAAUGCUUGUGCGCGCGGAUGUAUGUAUGUGUGUAUAAUUUCUUAUGUGAUGCCCACAUUCUCAUACGUUUGUUUUCAAACUUAUUGCUUUUGAAUAACGGUGAAUUGUUCCCCCACAUGUUGCAGUACCGGAAACUGACUCUACCACUGACGACACUGAUGCUCCUGAACUUGGUUCAACAACGGUCGCCCCCAUCUGUACGUCCAUUUGGGAUUUCAUAAACCACAUAAUGGUGUUGUUUUUUCAAUAUUUUUUUAAAAAGUUAAUUCUUUAAAUUCAAAUAAAUUAUUAUUAUUUGUACACACAUUUUCAUUAGUUAUAUUUUGUAAAAAGAUUAUCAAUAGGGAACGCUUGGAGACUAUGGCACUAUUAUUGUAUCUAGUAUAAACUAUAUUAUUUGGCUUCUUUUCAGAUCCAUACAUUAUCGAUGCCCUAACAUCUAACGGUCAUUUCACCGUAUUCUUAGAUCUGCUUGAAUCUACUGAUCUACUCACACGGAUCAAUGCAUGUAAAUUUUAAAGUUGAUGGGUUUUUUUUUUUUUAAAUAUUAAUUUUACAUUUUUUAAAGUUUGCGUUUAAUGUAGUCUUUACAUUUUACCGGAGUACAUUUAGAAAAGCCACAUAGAAAGCAUUUUUUCGUCACGAAUUAAAAGCACUGUAAUGUAUAAAUGCACUCUCAGCCAGCCACUUGACCGCUGUCUUGCAUAAAUCCUCUCUCAGCCAGCCACUUCACCGUGUUCGCUCCCACCGACGCAGCGUUCGCCAGACUCCCAGCCGGACAACUGGACGCCCUCAAGGCCGACGCAGACAAGCUGGAAGACCUCUUGAGCUAUCACGUCGUUCUGAACAGUGCCUUCAACCUGCACGGCAUACAGCAAGACACGACACUGAAGACUGCCAACAAUGACUACGUCCGUAUCAACACCUACAGUGUUGUGCAUGUAAGAUGUCACUUUGUACAUUCCCAUCUUUCCCCACCUACAGUGUUGUGCAUGUAAGAUGUCACUUUGUACAUUCCCAUCUUUCCCCACCUACAGUGUUGUGCAUGUAAGAUGUCACUUUGUACAUUCCCAUCUAUCAACACCUACAGUGUUGUGCAUGUAAGAUGUCACUUUGUACAUUCCCAUCUAUCAACACCUACAGUGUUGUGCAUGUAAGAUGUCACUUUGUACAUUCCCAUCUAUCAACACCUACAGUGUUGUGCAUGUAAGAUGUCACUUUGUACAUUCCCAUCUAUCAACACCUACAGUGUUGUGCAUGUAAGAUGUCACUUUGUACAUUCCCAUCUAUCAACACCUACAGUGUUGUGCAUGUAAGAUGUCACUUUGUACAUUCCCAUCUAUCAACACCUACAGUGUUGUGCAUGUAAGAUGUCACUUUGUACAUUCCCAUCUAUCAACACCUACAGUGUUGUGCAUGUAAGAUGUCACUUUGUACAUUCCCAUCUAUCAACACCUACAGUGUUGUGCAUGUAAGAUGUCACUUUGUACAUUCCCAUCUAUCAACACCUACAGUGUUGUGCAUGUAAGAUGUCACUUUGUACAUUCCCAUCUAUCAACACCUACAGUGUUGUGCAUGUAAGAUGUCACUUUGUACAUUCCCAUCUUUCCCCACCUACAGUGUUGUGCAUGUAAGAUGUCACUUUGUACAUUCCCAUCUAUCAACACCUACAGUGUUGUGCAUGUAAGAUGUCAAUUUGUACAUUCCCAUCUAUCAACACCUACAGUGUUGUGCAUGUAAGAUGUCACUUUGUACAUUCCCAUCUUUCCCCACCUACAGUGUUGUGCAUGUAAGAUGUCACUUUGUACAUUCCCAUCUAUCAACACCUACAGUGUUGUGCAUGUAAGAUGUCACUUUGUACAUUUCCAUCUAUCAACACCUACAGUGUUGUGCAUGUAAGAUGUCACUUUGUACAUUCCCAUCUAUCAACACCUACAGUGUUGUGCAUGUAAGAUGUCACUUUGUACAUUCCCAUCUAUCACCACCUACAGUGUUGUGCAUGUAAGAUCUCACUUUGUACAUUCCCAUCUUUCCCCACCUACAGUGUUGUGCAUGUAAGAUGUCACUUUGUACAUUCCCAUCUAUCAACACCUACAGUGUUGUGCUUGUAAGAUGUCACUUUGUACAUUCCCAUCUAUCAACACCUACAGUGUUGUGCAUGUAAGAUGUCACUUUGUACAUUCCCAUCUAUCAACACCUACAGUGUUGUGCAUGUAAGAUGUCAAUUUGUACAUUCCCAUCUAUCAACAACUACAGUGUUGUGCAUGUAAGAUGUCACUUUGUACAUUCCCAUCUUUCCCCACCUACAGUGUUGUGCAUGUAAGAUGUCACUUUGUACAUUCCCAUCUUUCCCCACCUACAGUGUUGUGCAUGUAAGAUGUCACUUUGUACAUUCCCAUCUAUCAACACCUACAGUGUUGUGCAUGUAAGAUGUCACUUUGUACAUUCCCAUCUAUCAACACCUACAGUGUUGUGCAUGUAAGAUGUCACUUUGUACAUUCCCAUCUAUCACCACCUACAGUGUUGUGCAUGUAAGAUCUCACUUUGUACAUUCCCAUCUUUCCCCACCUACAGUGUUGUGCAUGUAAGAUGUCACUUUGUACAUUCCCAUCUAUCAACACCUACAGUGUUGUGCUUGUAAGAUGUCACUUUGUACAUUCCCAUCUAUCAACACCUACAGUGUUGUGCAUGUAAGAUGUCACUUUGUACAUUCCCAUCUUUCCCCAGGAUGUCACAACACGUACAUUCUACAGUGAAACAUGUAAGGGUACUUUCCCCACCUACAGUGUUGUGCAUGUAAGAUGUCACUUUGUACAUUCCCAUCUAUCAACACCUACAGUGUUGUGCAUGUAAGAUGUCACUUUGUACAUUCCCAUCUAUCAACACCUACAGUGUUGUGCAUGUAAGAUGUCACUUUGUACAUUCCCAUCUUUCCCCACCUACAGUGUUGUGCAUGUAAGAUGUCACUUUGUACAUUCCCAUCUAUCAACACCUACAGUGUUGUGCAUGUAAGAUGUCACUUUGUACAUUCCCAUCUAUCAACACCUACAGUGUUGUGCUUGUAAGAUGUCACUUUUUACAUUGCCAUUUGUCCACGCAGACAAUGCAAAUACAGCCGAUGUCUGACCCUUUCUAAUAUUUUUGAAUCAUUUGUUGAAUUGUUCUUUAGCCAAAGUUAACUUCAUAUAGAAUAUCCCGCUAUUACAUUUUCUAUUAACUUCUCCUUUAACUUCAUGCUGGCGAUGUUUAGAUUUCGGUUUGGCAAUUUUGGAAUAAAGCUAAGAUUAAAAAAAAUAAUUAUUGGCCAUUCUGGUAAUAAACAUUAUAACGUGCAGAAAUAAUGUAAUGUAACAGAAGAAAAUAAAAACAGAAGAAAAUAACUAUUGGGAAAACCCAGAAAAAGAGAGAAAAAAAGCUUAUGGACAGUCUAGGUUUUAUUCUAUUAUUUCAGUAACUACAUUAAAUUACAUUUAAAUUAAAUCGCAAUGCAUCCAAGUCUUGAAAUAUCUGUAAUUAUUAUUUUAACAAGUCUGGGUUACAACUGACAUGAUCAGUCACAGCCAAUGCUCACAGCCAAUGCUCACAGCCAAUGCUCACAGCCAAUGCUCACAGCCAAUGUUAACAGUCAAAUGUUCACAGUCAAAUGUUCACAGCCAAAUGUUUACAGUAAACGUUCACAGCCUAAUAUUUACAACCAAUGUUAACAGCAAAAUGUUUACAGCCAAUAUUUACAGCCAAUAUUUACAGCCAAUAGUUACAGCAAAUAUUUACAGCCAAUAUUUACAGCCAAUAUUUGCAGCCAAUAUUUACAGCCAAUGUUUACAGCCAAUAUUUACAGCCAAUGUUUACAGCCAAUAUUUACAGCCAAUUAUUACAGCCAAUGUUUACAGCCAAUAUUUACAGCCAAUAUUUACACUCAAUAUUUACAGCCAAUACUUACAGCCAAUACUUACAGCCAAUAUUUACAGCCAAUAUUUACAGCCAAUAUUUACAGCCAAUAUUUACAGCCAAUAUUUACAGCCAAUAUUUACAGCCAGUGUUUGAGAUUUUUUUUUUUAUUUUGUUCCGAUUAUCCAACUGAGGUGAAAUAUUAUGAACUUUGCCCCACAUAACAUAUUACAUUUUUAUAAUCUGUUUGAAAUAUAGUUUUCUUUAAUUAUAACGAAGUGGCUAUUCGGACCCGGGUACCAGAAGUGAGAGGUUGGGAUUAAAAAACAAUUUGAAAUAUUAUUGUUGGGUUUGUAAGACAAAAUGAGGUAUCACAUGAAAGAUAAUUGAAUGGACUACGUGUUUGUAAACUUAAUUCUUCAGUUUAACUAAAAUAAACUACCGCAAAUGACAUCCGAAUAGCACUGAGUCAAAAUGGACCCAGACACGCAGCGCCGCCAUUCGCACCCGGGUACCAUUAGACCCAAGCUAUUCGGAUGUCAUUUGCGGUAGUUUUUAUUCAUUUUUUAUUUGCUUUGCCAACAAUUUGUUAACAUCGCCAGACCGUCACGGUUGACGGGGUCAACAUCACCAUCAAAAACAUCCCGGUCAAUCACGGCUACGUCAAUGGCAUCGAGAAGGUCCUGUCCCAGCCGAUGGGCACUAUUCUAGACAUCGCUAGCAACAGGUCUGACCUCACCACGUUCAUCAGCCUUCUUGGGAAAGCGAACCUGAAUAACUUUUUCACAUGUACGCUUUGAUGUUGUUGUUUUUUUAAUUAAAUUUUUUUUUUUACUUUUAGAUUUCACCCUUUAUUCUCUGGGCAAACAGCUGGGACGAAUCAUUGUUCAUAAAGCAUGCUCAUAGAUUAGUUAUUCCCUUACAGUUUGCACAGUAAAGUAACACAAAAUCACGCCAUGUUUUGUACAGUGUCACGUGAUAAAAGACGGCAUUGAUAAGUAUUCUAUUCUUAAAACAAAAUUAAACUGAAUUAAACAUACGUUAUUUCCUUUAACAACAAUGCAUACCCUUGUCAAUUUGAAUCCUUUUACUGUAUUUCUUUGAGUCGUUUGCUUUUGACCCUCCGUCAUAAAUUCGGUACUAAGGCCCAGUUUUUGAAAAACCCGGAAUCGGAAUCUUUUAAAUUCAUCAUUUCAUUUAUGUUUUUUUUUUUCCUUCAUCUUUUUGUCUCAGCUGACCGGUCCACCACAAUCUUUGCACCCAACAACGACGCCUUUGCAAAGUUGAGUCAGGGGACUCUCGACUACCUCAACACACACACGGCUGACCUAGCAGGUAGGCUACAGACGAUAGUAGCAGCAGAUUGGUGUUUUUGUAUCUUACGCAUAUUUUUGCGCAUUUUAAUUGUCUUUUUAGGCGCUCUCUAAUAGACUUAUUUUGGCGCCCUUUAAUUGUGUCUUUAGGCGCUCUCUAAUAGACUUAUUUUGGCGCCCUUUAAUUGUGUCUUUAGGCGAUCUCUAAUUGACUUAUUUUGGUGCACUUUAAUUGUGUCUUUAGGCGCUCUCUAAUAGACUCAUUUUUGCGCCCUUGAAUCGUUUCUUUAGGCGAUCUCUAACAGACUCAUUUUGGUGCCCUUUAAUGUUUUCUUAAGGCGCCCCUAAUCAAAUAAUUUUGGAAUUUGAUUUGAUUUCUUUUUUUUUUUUUUUCUUUUUUUUUUUUUUUAUUUUUUUUUUUUUUGUGUUUUUUUUGUUUUUUUUUUUUUUUUUUUUUUUUUUUUUUUUUGUUUUUCUUUUUUUAUUUUUUUUGUUUUUUUUUUUGUUUUUUUUUUUUUUUUUUUUCCUUUUUUUUUUUUAAAUGUAUAACUAAAUAAUUUCUGGAUAUGUGUAUGCAAUGACGUCAACUAGACAAUGAACCUUUUAAUUACAGGCAAAGUGAAAAAUAAAAAAAAAAAUUAAUUAUUGAUUUAUGUGUUUCCAGAGGUGCUGAAGUUCCACAUGAUCAAGCACUACGCCUUUUACAGUAUCGGGAUGAAGCACACGUUCUCAAUCGACUCCUCUGAUCAACACAAGGAUAUUCUCAUGAUUCUAGAAGAUGGCAGUAAGUGAUUGCAUCUCUCUAGCCAGUACUCGAUUACCAUUUUUUUUGUACUAUAUGUAUUGCUGAUAUGCUGUGUUUUUUUCCUCCCUGGUCGAAUACUUUCUUGCUUUGUUGAAGGAUGUCCUGGGCCAACCCUGCCCAUUAACAAGUAUCCAAAACUUGAAAAAAAACAAUAUCUAGGCUAGUCCCCACGUAACUAGCUCUCCACUCUUGUUUUUCUCUCAUAACCAUACGAGACCAUUCCUGGCCAGGGUGCGUGUUUAUCCGGGCAAUGUUUAACUAUGCUUUACAAGUUAGGCCUUCUGUUUGGCAACACAAGCAUUACUUAGCUUAUUAACAAAUGGCAAUACUCGGAAAAAUAAUUAUUUGAUUCCGCCCCCCCCCCCCCCAAAAACCCCCCAUUUUUUUCAAAUGUAAAGCUCUUAUUUGACUAAAAUAUUUCACCAAUAUCUUGCCUCUUUGUUAUAGAGCAGUGGCUGUGCAUGUACCUGUGUUUGAAAGGUCAAACUAUUCAACGUUCUGAUGGGAGUUUACGACUUCCAAUUAGCAACCUCGCGCAACCAAUUAGGGCAAAGUUGUUUUUUUCUAAAAAUGGCGAUGGAAGCCAAAUUGAUUUAAUUUAAAGUUUUCUAUUUUUCUUGUCGAGCAAUCUUGUAAAAACGUGAUUGAGUGACCGUUGUGGUCAUAAAUCUCCAAUCUAUCAGGAUUUUCCAGCGCUCUUUCCCUUUCUGCGUAAGGGACCAGUUAAGAGACACCAUAUUGGUUUUUGUUUUUGUUUCGUUGAGUCCCUUACCAAUUAAAAUAAUUUUAGUUUAACAUUUAAACUAAUGUAAAUGUUUUUCAAAGACUUAUUGUUAAAUAAGUUAAGAUGAUAAUAUCCAGGCACCUUGUGAUAAUGCCAACAAAAAUCAAUUCCUUUGUAUGAAUAAAGCAAUUUUAAAGCACCUCGAACUGGUGUCUUAACUUAAAAUCUGCUAUUCCGGGUUGUACAUUUUCAAUACGUUGGAACAUUAAUUUUGAAAACCGAUAGAUUAGGUUGUUGUACCUCAUUGCAUCGUCUUUCAAUGCUGAAAAUUCUCUCUCUCUCUCUCCCCCCACCCCCCACCCCCACCCCCCCCAGGUGGCGGUCUCGCUAUCAACCACGCCAAGAUUGUCGAGCGUGACAUCAGCUCCGUCAAUGGAGUCGUCCACAUCGUUGACAGCGUCCUCAUCCCUGUCCGUGUCCAGGUGGCCAUUGCUGACAACGGAGUAGUUGUGGGAUAACGGACAUUCAUAUAUUCGAAUUUUUUGUAAUAGAACUAUAUUUUCCUGAACAAUUAAAGGGUGAAAUGUAAAAAGGGUGAAAUGUAAAAAGGGGUGAAUUACUUAAAGAUUGGGAGGAAAGCUCGAGCAACGCCUCUGGGAGGCACAAAAUCUUUACUUCGCCUCUGAAUGUAAUUUCAAAAAAAGAAGUAAUAUUUUCAAUAUAUGCAAACAAAUAAAGCAAUAUGUUGUGAUUUUUUUUAAAUAACAAUCCUUUAAUUGAAUUCACUUUAGGAAAUUUCCAAUUAAUUAAAUUCAUGCGUAUACCAGGUGAGAGGGGAGAUGGCGGAUAGCAACAAGCAGAGCAUGCAAAAUGAAAUAGAGCGAUUGCAACGAAUGUGCAGGAAAUGUGUAGGUCUCUUGUUCAAAUGCUGUGUACCAAAAAUGACUCUUAGACUGACAGUGAACGUCAGAAAAGCCAUACGUCUCAAGGAAUUCUACCAAAGUCAUUUUUUCCCUCCCGUUAUCAUGCAUGAUUCGCUCGAUCCAUUUUAAAAUCUGCCCUUCUCCCGACCAUCUUCUUUCGAAUCAAAGUAAAAAGUUGUGGUGACGUCAUCUUCUCUUGCAUCAAAAUGGGAGGUUUAGAGAUUAAAUCUUCUGUUACAUCAAACUAAAAGUUGUGGUGACGUCAUCUUCUCUUGCAUCAAAAUGGGAGGUUUAGAGAUUAAAUCUUC